AGCUAGGGGAAGGCGACUGUGGAGCAGAGCUGGGCGAGGGGCUCUCUCUGUGCCAGGCAAUCAGUGCCAAAUCCGGGUAGCCCAGAGCUGGGGGGAGGGCCGGGGACAGCCCGGCCCUGCCCCCUCCCCGCGGGGUGCCCAGCAACUUCUGAGCAAAGUUUGGCAUCUGUGGUGUGGUGGUGCCUCAGGAUGGACAGGACCUCGCUGGCCUGGUGCUUGGCGCUGUGCUGCUGGGGGUGCGUGGCCCCCAAGGGUGCACAGGCUGAAGCAGACCCUUUUGUGGGGAACCCAGGAAAUAUCACAGGUGCCAGAGGACUCGUGGGGACCCUUAGGUGUGAGCUCCAGGUUCAAGGGGAGCCCCCUGAGGUGACCUGGCUUCAGGAUGGACAGAUCCUAGAGCUGGCAGACAGCACCCAGACCCAGGUGCCCCUGGGUGAUGACGGGCAGGACGACUGGAAAGUGGUCAGCCAACUCAGAAUCUCAUCCCUACAGCUUUCGGACACAGGACAGUAUCAGUGUCUGGUGGUCCUGGGAGGACAGACCUUCAUGUCCCAGCCUGGCUACGUAGGGCUGGAGGGCCUGCCUUACUUCCUGGAGGAGCCUGAGGACAGGACUAUGGCCGCCAACACCCCCUUCAACCUAAGCUGCCAAGCCCAGGGACCCCCAGAACCUGUGGACCUACUCUGGCUCCAGGAUGCAGUCCCACUGGCUGCAGCCCCGGGCCAUGGCCCCCAGCACAGCCUACAUGUUCCAGGCCUGAACAAGACAUCUUCUUUCUCCUGUGAAGCCCAUAACGCCAAGGGGGUCACCACAUCUCGUACAGCCACCAUCACAGUGCUUCCCCAACGACCCCACGACCUCCGUCUGGUUUCCCGCCAGCCCACAGAGCUGGAGGUGGCUUGGACCCCAGGACUGAGUGGCAUCUACCCCCUUACCUACUGCACGCUGCAGGCUGUGCUGUCAGAUGAUGGGGUGGGCGUCUGGCCAGGACAGCCAGACCCCCCAGAGGAGCCCCUCACCUUGCAAGCAUCUGUGCCCCCCCACCAACUUCGGCUGGGCAGCCUCCAUCCUCAUACUCCUUAUCACAUCCGUGUGGCAUGUGCCAGCAGCCAGGGUCCCUCAGCCUGGACCCACUGGUUUCCUGUGGAGACACCGGAGGGAGUGCCCCUGGGCCCCCCUGAGAACGUUAGUGCCAUGCGGAAUGGGAGCCAGGCCUUCGUGCGUUGGCAGGAGCCAAGGGCGCCCUUGCAGGGCACCCUAUUAGGGUACCGGCUGGCAUAUCGAGGCCAGGACACCCCUGAGGUGCUACUGGACAUAGGGCUAAAGCAAGAUGUGACCUUGGAGCUUCGGGGGGAUGGGCCUGUGCCUAACCUGACAGUGCGUGUGGCAGCCUAUACUGCUGCUGGGGAUGGGCCCUGGAGCCUCCCCAUUCCUCUGGAGCCCUGGCGCCCAGGGCAAGGACAGCCAAUCCACCAGCUGGUGAGUGAGCCCCCAGCUCCCGCCUUCUCAUGGCCCUGGUGGUAUGUAUUACUGGGAGCAGUUGUGGCCGCUGCCUGUAUCUUCAUCUUGGCCCUAUUCCUUGUCCAUCGGCGGAAGAAGGAGACACGCUAUGGAGAAGUGUUUGAACCAACAGUGGAAAGAGGUGAACUAGUGGUCAGGUACCGUGUCCGCAAGUCUUACAGUCGCCGGACCACUGAAGCUACCUUGAACAGCCUGGGCAUCAGCGAAGAGCUGAAGGAGAAGCUUCGGGAUGUGAUGGUAGACCGGCACAAGGUGGCCCUGGGGAAGACCCUGGGAGAAGGAGAGUUUGGUGCCGUGAUGGAGGGCCAGCUCAACCAGGACGACUCCGUCCUCAAAGUGGCUGUGAAGACGAUGAAGAUUGCCAUCUGCACAAGGUCAGAGCUGGAGGAUUUCCUGAGUGAAGCUGUCUGCAUGAAGGAAUUCGACCACCCCAAUGUCAUGCGGCUCAUCGGUGUCUGUUUCCAGGGUUCUGAACGAGAGGGCUUCCCAGCCCCUGUGGUCAUCUUGCCUUUCAUGAAACAUGGAGACUUACACAGCUUCCUCCUCUACUCGAGGCUCGGGGACCAGCCAAUGUUCCUGCCCACUCAGAUGCUAGUGAAGUUCAUGGCAGACAUCGCCAGUGGCAUGGAAUAUCUGAGUACCAAGAGAUUCAUACACCGGGACUUGGCUGCCAGGAAUUGCAUGCUGAAUGAGAAUAUGUCCGUGUGUGUGGCAGACUUUGGGCUGUCCAAGAAGAUCUACAAUGGGGACUAUUACCGCCAGGGACGCAUUGCCAAGAUGCCGGUCAAGUGGAUUGCUAUUGAGAGCCUGGCUGACCGCGUCUAUACCAGCAAGAGUGAUGUGUGGUCUUUUGGGGUGACAAUGUGGGAGAUUGCCACACGGGGCCAAACCCCAUACCCAGGAGUGGAGAACAGCGAGAUUUACGACUACCUGCGCCAGGGAAAUCGCCUGAAGCAGCCUGUGGACUGUCUGGAUGGACUGUAUGCCCUGAUGUCCCGGUGCUGGGAGCUAAACCCCCGAGACCGGCCAAGUUUUGCAGAACUGCGGGAAGACCUGGAGUACACGCUGAAAGCCCUGCCCCCUGCCCAGGAGCCCGAUGAAAUCCUCUAUGUCAACAUGGAUGAGGGUAGCAGUCAUCUGGAACCCCCUGGAGCUGCUGGAGGAGCUGACCCCCCAACCCAGUCUGAUCCUAAGGAUUCCUGUAGCUGUCUCACUGCAGCUGAAGUCCAUCCUGCUGGACGUUAUGUCCUCUGCCCUUCCACAGCCCCUGGUCCCCCUCUGCCUGCUGACAGGGGCUCCCCAGCAUCACCAGGGCAGGAGGAUGGCGCCUAAGACAACCCUCCACCUGGGACUCGCUCUCAGGACCCAAGCUAGGCACUGCCACUGGGGAAAACCCCACUCCCCUUUCCCAUCCUAGGCCUAAUCCCCAUCUGCACCCCAUCUUCCUCCUCAUACCACCUCCAUCCGAGACAGAUCCGCCCCCUUCUCUGGUGAUGCCAAGCAUCAUCACCUAUAAAAAGAAAGGGAUGGAUUACAAUUUCUAAGGGUCCUACCAGGUAUAAUAUUCCAAGUUUCUAGAUUCUAAGGCUUAAAGAGUCUAGAUUCAAAGAUUCUAGGUUUCAAAAAUGCCAUGAGUCUUUGGUUCUAAGGACCUGAAAUUCCUGCUAACGUUUUAGAUAUGGAAAGUCUAAGGCCUACAGUUCUAAGGCUCUGAGAGUCUAUGGCUCUAGAUUUUCUGGUUCUAAGAUUCUUGAUAA